AUGGCGUCAAGAUGCUCUGGUGGCAACUCGCUUUUUCUUUCAUUUCUUUACCCCUCGUUAUUUGUUGGUAGAAAUACGGCGGCACCUCGCUUUGCUGCACGAGCAGUCGCAUGUCGUCGCAAUAGCUCGACCCACGUCGCCCAAGAACCGAAGACCAGCAGGCUAAACCCAGCUCCCGACGACUAUUCUUUGCCCAUUUUCGCCGACAAAGCGUCCGUAACACUCUAUGCUGGCCCUGGCGGCCAUGGCUGCAUCUCGUUCUUCCGCGACGCAUACCUCCCCGACGGCCCCCCCAAUGGCGGCGACGGUGGCCACGGAGGCAACAUCUACAUACAAGCAGUGCACGGCGAAACUUCGUUGCACAAGCUAGCCAGACGGCGAUUCAUUCGAGCUGGGAAAGGAAAAUCAGGACAGGGCAGUUCAAAAGGUGGCCAGCGAGGCGACGAUGUUAUCAUCACGGUGCCAGUUGGUACGGUGCCCGAGGACCCCGACCGGAACAAAUUUCUUUUGUACCCCGGCCUUUCGAAGUCUGAUCUGAAGACGAUAUCUCUUCCCCGGGCCCCAACCCGUACCCGUCUCUACCACCAGCCACCUGGCCCGAUCCAGCUCGACUUGUCGCGCCCUUCACCCCAGCCCAUUCUGCUCGCCGUCGGCGGCAUUGGCGGCCUCGGCAAUCCUCACUUCGUAUCGCGAGAGUACCCACGACCCAUCUUCGCCACCAAGGGCGAGCGCGCUGUAACCAUGGAGAUCGAGCUCGAGCUGAAGCUGCUUGCCGACGUCGGUUUGGUCGGAUUGCCCAACGCUGGCAAGAGCACACUGCUUCGUGCGCUUACAAACUCGCGCACCCGCGUUGGGAACUGGGCUUUUACGACUUUGCAGCCAAAUAUUGGGACAGUUGUCUUGGACAGCUACAAGGGCCGGCCUGUCAUCAAGAGUUACAAGCGUUACCCGGCCACCGACUCCGGACAUGGCGGCCCAGGCGAGGAGGAAGUCCUCGUCGAGCAACGAACCCGCUUCACGGUUGCCGAUAUUCCGGGUCUCAUCGAGGGUGCUCACCUGGACCGGGGUCUUGGUAUUGCUUUCCUGCGUCACGUCGAACGUGCCGGCGUGCUCGCUUUCGUCGUUGACCUCGCUGCCGGUCCGGCUGUGAAGGCCCUCAAGGCGCUGUGGAAUGAGGUGGGCCUCUACGCUCAGAUGCGCGAGGAGGAAGAGCGCGCCCGCGAGAUCGACUCCCGUGAGAACGGCUUGCAUAUCACAGCCAAGCCUUGGUUCGUGGUCGCCACCAAGGCCGAUCUCCCCGAGACGCAGGAGAACUUCAAGGAGCUGAAGCAAUACCUGGACGAAAUCAACCAAGGAACUACUCCUCACCCAAGCGGAAUUGAGAAUGCCUGGACGGAGAAGUGUACCGCGAUUCCUGUGAGCGCCAUCAACGGCCAGGGAGUCGACCGGAUCGUUCACUGGACUGUAGGAUUGCUUGACGAGUAG